AACAUAAAAAAGACAAUACACCUCGUUGUACGAAUUCGAACAAAUGCAGCUGAGCUUACAGGUAAUUAAGGUGUCGAGUACUUCUUUUAAAGAUCUUUUAUCGAAGUUUUAAAGAAGAAAACGAARAAACGACGUUCUUACUCAAACACUUUUGUAAUAACGAGAGAGCUGAAUGGAAUCGUGAAGUUGAGGUCAUCGAGAGACUAAGAAAAGAUGGCGGUCACCCUAAUAUAAUGAAACAUUUAUGGUAUUCACCAGUCCAAGAAGCUCCAGUCUUGAUAGACCUCACGAACCUCGAGUCUGUGCAGGGGCAAGGAUUUUUGAUUUGCUACGAAUUGGUAUCCUGUACUACUCUUGAUGAAUAUAUCAGUAAACCAGAAGCUGCUCUUGUUACUCAAAUCGUACUCGCCAUCGCAACAGACGUCAUCAAUGCACUCUCAUACCUUGAACGGUGUGACCUGAGGCAUAAUCACGUGACAGCUACAAAUAUAUUGGUCAAAGAGUCCGUCAUGGUUCCUUCGCUACAGGCAGUUUUGGGUGGAUUUGGUCAUGGAACCUUCGUCAAUUCACACAAGAAAACAACCGCACAAGAAGAAGAUAAACCAAAUACUGAUAUCGUACAAUACGGGGUACUGGUGGAGCAGCUACUAAAUCUUUCCCCUAAUGCUGAUCCAGAUCAUCAGAUUAAAGAAAUUUCUACAAAAUGUCAAGAAGAAUCGAAACUUUUGACUGCGGCAGUCGUGCGCAAUAUGAUAGAAGAGGUCUGGGAUGGAACCGGAACUUGGGACACUCUUCUGUGAAGUGCCACGUGAUUAUGUACUACUGUUUGUAUUGCAUUGAUCUAGAUAACUGUCACGACCUGAUGGAAAUCGGGCAAUACACUAACGUCAUUCAAAUAAAUAAAUAAAUAACUAUAAGUAAGCAAUAUACGAAAUGAGAAUAUACCAACUUGUGUACUUCCUAAGAACACGCGCGCUCAUUGGUUAAUUGGAGGUGAAUAUUAUACGAUAUUCACCUCUGCACUGGCGGAAUA